CCUGAAGAGAUAUUACAACAUUCAUUGAGUACAUCCACAAUGAAUACCAUAAAGACAAUAUAUUUGAUUUUAUGCAUUUUUGCUAUUUCUUUCUUGUCCAGAUUUUGGAUGUCUGAAUGGAAAUGGUACGCUCAGUUCUUAAGACUGAAACUCAAGUCUAAAGAAGAACCAGAUGUUGGAUUUGACAAUAAAAGAGAUGCUGAUCCUAAUAAAAUUCUGCAAGAAGCUGAUGACAUUUAUCAAUUAAUUUCUUCAACUAAACCCUUGUUUGACAUCCCACCUUUUGAGAGAAGCACUAGUGCACACAACAGCAAAUAUUAUAUCAUGAAUCCCACAGAGGUCCACAGCACUGGAAACCUUCUUUAUACUUACGUGGAAACAUAUGACUACCAAGGUAACAGAAAGACCACUGGUGGGGAUUUUUUCCGAGCCAGAAUAUAUGAUAAAAAGACACUUACAGCAGCUGUAGGGAGUAUCACUGAUUUUAAUAAUGGAAGUUAUCUUGUGACCUUUCCCCUUUACUGGGAAGGCACUGUAUACAUUUCAAUAAAACUGCAGUACUCAUCUGAAAUGGUUUCUCUCAUACACAGGCUCAGAGAUAUAGACAACUACAGAAUGGGAUUUCGAGGGAUUUUUCUUUCCAAAAACUACAAGGAAAUGACCAAAUGUCAUUUUAACCUCACAUUUACUGGUCCUUUGUGCGAUCUUUACUAUCACAACUCAGGAAUUAAAUGGAUGUGUGAGAAACCAAAAAACUUAAGCUGCGAGAAUUUGAGUAGCCUGGAAUAUUAUUUUAAUGAGCCAUCACUAAGUGAAGCAGAGAAAAAAUUUGAUGACAGAAAAAAUGUUCUAAAAGAAAUUAGACCGGUUGGUGCUUCAUCAGUAAUAGUGAAAAAACAAGGUUCAAAUAUUAAUUUGCCAAAGUGUCAGAGUCACCCUUUGACAUAUACAAACUCAACUGGAUUUGUUCAAAAUCAUACAUGGAUAUCCUCAUUGUGUCAAGUGAAAAGAUUCCGUACAUCAGAAAGAGUCAUUCAGUGCAUUAAAGGAAAAAAGAUAUACUUAGUGGGUGAUUCCACAAUCCGCCAGUGGUUUGAGUACCUGGUCAAAAUUAUACCAACUCUAAGUAAAGUGAAUGUUGGACGGAAUCAGUGGUACUCAGAGAAAUUAGCUGUGGACCUAACAAAUAAUAUCUACCUUCAGUGGAGAACACAUGGACUUCCAUGGCAUCCAGGAGUCCCAUUAAUGCUUCCUGAUAGUCCCUCAGCAGUGAGUCUGAUUAACAACAUCUAUGGGGGAAAGGAGUUCAUCACUGUAAUCUGUUUGGGAGCCCAUUUUACCCGAUACCCCUUGAAGGUUUACCUGGAAACACUUAUCCAUGUUAGGAAUGCAGUUAAGAGGCUUCUGGGCCGAAGUCCUGAUACCACAGUAAUUCUUAAGAAUGGAAAUACAAGAACACCAUAUAAAUUAUUACUUGAUAAUGAUUGGCUGACCUAUGAACUCAAUCAAGCUUUUGUGGCAGCUUUCAUGGGAAUGAAUGUUUCUCUGGUUGAUGCCUGGGACUUAACAGCAGCUUAUGAAUCAGCAGAGCUGCACCCUAGCGAAGAAGUUAUCAAAAAUGAAGUAGAUGUUCUCUUCUCUUACAUUUGUCCUAAUAUAGAUUGA